AUGGCGCAAGAGAAGAGAGGAGAGGAUACUUUCAUGUUCAAUGCUGAUCCACCAACACCGCCGCCGCCACCCAUACCGCCUGACCAACGUAAAGCGACGUUUAAGGAGAAGGUAAUGGGGACCGGGCCAGUGAAGAGACGGGAGCCACGUCAGUUCAGGAACUUGGUAACGACGGGGGUGAUGGAGAAAGAAAACGUUAAUGGGGAUAGGCUCUUCCCUAGCUUUGAUUUUGCGGUGGAGGCGAAGUAUGACAAGAUCUGCCAACCCUUGCAGGGUUGUCUGGUGAUCAAACUGUUAGGCAAGCAUAUCGGGUACACUGCCUUGUGUGAGAAACUGCGUUUGAUUUGGCGGCCCACAGGGGGCAUGGAGGUGACGGAUGUGCACCAUGGUUAUUUUAUGGUUCGUUUUGACAGUGAGAUGGAUAGAGAGAAGGCCAUGACAGGAGCCCCAUGGCUGAUAUACGAUCAUUACUUAUCAGUGAAGCCCUGGACGAAGGACUUUGUAGCAGCUGACGAGAAGAUCAACACCACAAUGGUGUGGAUUCGGAUCCCUGGACUAGGCAUGCAAUUUUAUGAUGAAGAUAUCCUCUUAACCCUAGCCACUGGGGUUGGAACGCCGAUAAAGGUAGACAUGAACACAGCUGAUAUGCGGUUGGGGAAGUUUGCCCGUAUUUGCGUGGAGAUUGAUCUUGACAAGCCUGUGGUGGGUACGCUCCGGUUGAGAGGAACCUGGUAUAACAUCGAGUAUGAGGGGCUACACCUUCUAUGCUCUAAGUGUGGGUGUUACGGGCACCUCUCAAGAAAGUGUAAGGUGGUGGCUCCAACAUCAACGGCGGCAGCCACACAAUCUACGCCGGCGGCGGGCACGAGUGCAGGGCAGGGGGCAACCCUAGAGACAGCUAUCGUAACAGUUAAUGAGGAUACCAUGCAAACCGAGAAUCACGCUCCCAAAAAGGCAGUUACGGUUCCUAUGGCAGCACAUGGUAAUUGGUUAAAUGUGGCGAAACCAAAAAGGAAACAGAAUAAUAACGCUACCACCGGGCCACCGAAAUCGAAGGGGAGUGUUAAUGUUAAUAGAUUCCAGACAUUAGCUACUAUCUCUGAGGGGGUAACGGAUAGCGUGAUUGGCGGGAAGAAGGUUACCAGCGCCAAUCAUGGGGUGGGGUCCAGGACUGGCGAAGUGAAUGCAAAGAAACGAUCAAGGAGAGAGGAGGGGAAACAGAAUCCGGUGUCGGUGCAAGCACCGCUACGCAUAUUGGCGCGCCAAGAGACUCACCAAGUCACGCCGCCGGUGUCGGGGAAGGUAGGGACAGGUACGCAGCACCAGCCAAGGACUCGAAUGGUAGGGGACAAAGUUGUGUACGAUUUGGGAGGUGGCGCAAUGUCCACCAUGAACCUGCAGUCAACGGGUGGAUGCGGGUACAAAAUCCUGAAUGCGGUUGCCCAUACCGCUGGGAAUGGAGAAGGGUGCUCCGGAGCCAAUGACCCGAUUGAUCCAGGACCGCAGGAUAUGAUGGUCAUCGUACCAACCAAGUAA